AUGGCUUCCAUCCCUAACUUCUAUCCAAACUACACAUUCACUAGUCAUGAUAUUGCAGGGUUCCCUACCCCAGGGUUUGCUUCAUUCAAUGGCUAUACCUCAGUUAUGGACAAUAAUAACAUGUUGGGUACCCAAGAUAGCUUCAUUCCUGUGCUUGAUAAUAAUGGGGCACUUGAUCAUGUUGUUUCACUGGAUUGUGAUACCAUUCCUUCUUCUUGGAUGCCAACUUUUUCUGAGCAAAUAGGGGGCAUUUCAGACUUUUCUGUUCCUGCCAUUUCUGCAGACUGUAAAAUGGACUUAUAUGGUGGAGGCAUUACAGGAUUUCAGAAUUUCAGCAGCAGAUACCAACCACAUGUUGGUGAGUUUGUGGAAGAAUGUUGUGGGUUUGUUGAGGAUAUUAAGCCACCUUGUUAUCCUAAUGCUGCAAGAGAAAACUGGGGAAUUCAAGGCAAUCAAAUGCCAGCAGUUGAAGAGCCCAACAUAAAGGUGGGGAGGUACUCAGAAGAAGAAAGGAAAGAAAGAAUUCUCCGAUAUUUGAAGAAAAGAAAUCAAAGAAACUUUAACAAAACCAUCAAGUAUGCAUGUCGGAAAACCUUAGCUGAUCGGCGGGUCAGAGUUAGAGGAAGGUUUGCAAGAAACAAUGAGCUAUGUGAGGAAGACAUGGCAACAAAAAAGCAUGAGAAUCAUGAUCACAAAGAAGACUUUUAUGGUGGUGAUUCAGUCCAGUUCCAGUUAAAGAACGAUGAGGAAGAUUGGCUGCAAGAGGCCAUGGCAAGUCUGGUUUAUUUAUCUCAUUCUUCACCGGAAGAUAUGUAA